AUGAUUGAUUGGAUAUGUUAUGCAGUAUUUAAUAUUGCAGGUUCCUAUGAUUAUAAUGUGAUAUGUGAUAAAGAUGAAAGAUAUCCAUAUGAAGGAACUUUAACUUGCUUAUUUAAAUGUAAUGAUCAUUAA